AUGAGUACAUCCAACAAUAAAGAGGCAACCCAAGAUGGAACAGUACUUCACUCAUUAUUCGGUCGCACCGUCGUCCGCGUUGACAACAACCUCGUUAUAAAGUCAGGCCGCCUCCGUUCCCACGAAGCCCAAACUCUUCGUUUCAUUGCAGCAAAUACAACCAUCCCUGUGCCCAAAGUCCAUGGCAUCCGCUGGAAAGAUGGCCAGGUCGUGGCUAUUGUGAUGGACUACGUACCUGGUAGGCGGUUUGAUGAGGCAUGGGCCACUUUAGACACUAAACAAAAGCUUUCCAUUGCCGACGAGCUUCAUUCUUAUAUCAAUCAACUUCGCAAUUUAAAAGGUGAUUAUAUCGGAGCCGUUGAGCGUGGCAAGGCUGUAAUUGGACAGAUCGCAUCCAUUGAAGGCGGCCCAUUUGACUCUGAGCAAGAGUUCAAUGAUUUUAUCCUGGGAGAUAUUGUCAAGGCAGCACCAGAUAUACUACGGCAUUAUGCCAAAUUUGCGCUUACUGAUGACCACGAAAUUGUUUUUACUCAUUCUGACUUUGCCCCACGGAAUAUUCUUGUUGAUGAAGGCCGGGUCACGGGCAUCAUCGACUGGGAAUAUGCCGGCUGGUACCCUGAGCACCGGGAGUACAUACAAGCUUUAAAAUACUUAAAGCCAAUGCCUGACUGGCCAGAAUACUUGUCUCGUAUUCUUCCGCCCCGAUUUGUGAGAGAAUAUAUUGGCAUGUCUUUCUUAGGCCGUAUUUUAACUCAUUAA